AUGGGCAAAGUUGGUGGUAAGUUGAAAGCUUCUGGAAACGAGAGAGGAAGUUCAUCAACCCGACUUUAUAUACGAGGAAAACAAAGAUAUUUACAAAUAGAUCCUGCUGAUGGCUACCCAGAUAAAAGAGUCAAAUAUGGGGAAGUUGACGUUUUACUAUGGCUGAAUAGUACUCGAACUGGCGUCAGAAAAGCUUACCAUAAGGACUGUUAUAUUCCCGUAUCCGUAUUUUAUAAGCAAAAUGAAUUUUUAAUUCGUACUAUUCAGUUAGAUGGAUUUAUAUUGGUAGCAUAUAAAGAUAAAAAGGACAAUCUUAUAGGAAUUCGAGCACCGAAACAACGAGCUGAUAAGAUGAAGAUCCUUAUCAGCACGCUUCUCCUGGCAAUCGUGGUUUUUCUGCAGUUUAAUGAAUUGAAUGCUUCUGGAAGCGAAAAAGCAAGUUCAUCAACCCGACUGUGUAUACGAGGGAAACCAAAAUUUGUGGAAAUAGAAGGAUUCAGAUUGGUAGCAUAUAAAUCUAAAAGAAAUGAACUUCUAGGAAUUCGAGCACCGAAACAACGAGGUCAGAAUUUCGUUCUAGAACCGACUCCAUCAGAAUGGUAUAUUAAUUAUUACGCAACUCACUUUACUCUUACGGUUAACCAAACUUCUGAAAUGGUGACAGGAAUUCACCUCAAGCCUAAAAAUUUAAAUGUAAAAGCACAAAUUCCACCCGAACACGUUGAAGUGGCUAGAAUAUCUUUUUGGGUUUACAGGGGGCCCAAUUUACAAAUUGUGGGAGCUGGGCUAGCCUAA